AUGGCAAGACUACGGAGUAGGACUGCUACUACGGAGAAGGAUGCUACAGAGAGCUCCAAGGUACCUGUGCCACGCAGAAGGCGCGGGCAACACGAAGACACAGAGGAGCCUGACACAUACGGGCUUGAGGACGAUGAGAAAAGCUCCGGACGGCCGUUUCGUAUACUAGAGAAGCUACCGUGCUCCGCGGAGCCACCACGGUACGAUGUCCUGACGCAUGCUUUGUCCGUCCGGGACUCGGCGGUACUUUAUAACUCGCUACUUGCGUCCAGGCGGACGUGGAUCAAGGCGGAGAUGUUCGAGCUGUACUGGUCCAAACAGUAUAUGAACAUGAAGGAGCGGGAGCGGAUGUUGAAGGAGGGUAUUGAUCCAGAUGACAUCGACCAGUCUGCCGCCCGAGAGAAAAUGCACAAACUGUGCGAUGGGAUCUUGACGGGCGGACCACACACGCUGCCCGUCCGUCUGUUUAUCUUGAAGAAUGACGAAAUCGAGCAGAAGUGGCAGUUUAUGCAAGAGUCACGCAAGAAGGAGAAGGAAGUCAGGCGGAAGCGCGAAGCGGAAGAAAAGGAGCGCCGCAGGGAAGAGCGGAAACGUCUGCAACAGCUGAAGAAAGAACGGAAGUUAAAAGAGGUGGAGCAUACCAAGAAAGAGAAGAUAGAGCGGAAGCGGGAAAACGACACGGAACGAGACCAGCUGCGGAAGGGCAGAAAGGACAACAAGGGACCCAGUGUGUUAAGCCGGAUGGGGACCACUAUCAAGAGUAAAGGUCUGACGACCUUUAGUAAAGCGCAGCAGCAGGAAAUUGACAACCAGAAAAUGAUUGCGAAUCUUAACCUGCUAGCCCAGCGAGAUCCCGCUCUAAACAAACUAAUGAUAGCCGUAGCGAAUGGCCAGGCACCGCCCGCCGACGUGGAGCGAUUCAAAGUAUUUAUAGAGAGGGCGCGUAACAUGGAGCCGCCGCCUAACUGGAAACCACGCCUGUCUUCUCGUCCAGUUAUAAAGCGCACAGAAGAGCCGACAGUGGAACAACAGGAAAGUGCGAGCCAGACUCCCAGUACGCCGCUCCCACGAAAAGCGUCACCCGAAUCAUCGCAGGUAGAUAAUCUUAGCUCACCGCCGCAUGGUAGCGAUCCUAAUUCCUCAUUCACAGAGGCAUCUAUGAGCGAUUCGCGGGGGGAACUCUCUGAAACUAAAAGUGGCGGGAGUCUCGUCCCAGAUAGUACCGGCAGCAGUGGCCAGGCUUUGGACAAAGGCCCUACAGACGCCUCAGGCAGCGCCAAUGAUCUCAGUCGACCCGGUGCGACCUUAUCGUCGACGGAUGGGGCUCCGCCGCUUAAACAGGAGACAAUUCCCGUGCGGGAUAUGGGUGACAAAAAUGCAGACAAGCCACUCGAGGCUCAUGGUGCCAUCUCAGAGAAGGGAACAACUAUCACAAUAAAGGCGGAAGAAGGAACAGCGCCUCGUCAGAAACGGAAGUAUACUAAGAGGAAGAAAGAGGUCGAAGAUGAGGACAAAUCGAUGCAGCUGACAACUUUCCAGCAGAAAUACUUGAAUGGAGCGGACAUUCUAUUUGAAUAUUUGGAGAACUCAAAUAUGAGGUUUCUAUUCCCGAAGGAUGCAAUUCUAGAGCAGUUGGAGAAUGAAGAGAGUUACCUCAUGUCUUGGAUAGUUGUUCACAAUAAAAAAGAGAUUGAGCAGUUCAAGCUGAAAGUGCUCAAAGGCUUGAAUAAAAAUAAACCUAAUGAGGAGGAGACCGAAGUUCAGCCUUGUUUGUUUAACGUAUAUGAGCACCCUAACUGCCCAGAGGUUCUAUACACCCCAAUGACGGUAACUCUUUCCAAUAUACCGAAGAAGUUCACGCCGAUCAUAUUGAAUAGUGUAAAUCCGGCAGAAUCGGUACGUGCAUACAUGUCCACUAUUCUUGCACGUGGUCGUCGUCUGAAUGGCUUUAAUCUAUGGUACCAACUGGAUGCCUAUGAUGACAAAGAUUUAGCUGAAUCUCUGCGGUGUGAGCUCAAGGAGUACGAACAGGGGUUUAAGUCGAAAAGGCAGAAGAAACAGCUAUAG